GCGGGGCUUAUCUGUGGGCGGGGCUUCCUCGAGUUCCGGAGUCGAGUUGCUGCCUGGGCCGGAGCGGAGAUGCAGCCGCCGCCCCGAAAAGUGAAGCCAUCCCAGGAGGUGAAGCUUCGCUUCCUGGAGCAGCUGAGCAUCCUUCAGACCCGGCAGCAGAGAGAGGCGGACCUACUGGAGGAUAUCAGAUCCUACAGCAAGCAGAGGGCAGCCAUUGAACGGGAGUAUGGGCAGGCACUCCAGAAACUGGCUGGGCCAUUUCUGAAGAGGGAAGGACACCGGAGUGGGGAGAUGGACAGCAGAGGCAGGAUGGUGUUUGGUGCCUGGCGCUGCCUGCUGGAUGCCACCAUGGCUGGGGGCCAAGCCCGGCUCCAGGCAUCUGACCGAUACCGUGACCUGGCAGGAGGCACAGGGCGGAGCGCUAAGGAGCAGGUGCUUAGGAAGGGAGCAGAGAACCUCCAGAGGGCGCAGGCCGAGGUGCUGCAGUCUGUCCGGGAGCUGAGCCGAAGUCGAAAGCUGUAUGGGCAGCGUGAACGGGUGUGGGCCUUGGCACAGGAGAAAGCGGCUGAUGUCCAGGCCAGGCUUAACCGAAGUGACCAUGGCCUCUUCCACACUCGGACCAGUCUCCAGAAACUCAGCACCAAGCUGUCUGCCCAGUCGGCCCAGUACUCCCAGCAGCUGAGAGCGGCCCGCAAUGAGUACCUGCUCAACUUGGUGGCCACCAAUGCCCACCUUGACCACUACUACCAGGAAGAACUGCCGGCCGUGCUCAAGGCCCUGGUCAGCGAGCUGUUGGAACACCUGAGGGACCCGCUGACUUCACUGAGCCGCACUGAGCUGGAAGCUGCAGAGAUGGCUCUGGAGCAUGCCCACCGUGGGGGGCAGGCGGCCUCCCAGGUAAGCUGGGAGCAGGAUCUGGAGCUUUUUCUUCAGGAGCCCGGAGUAUUUUCCCCCACCCCACCUCAGCAGUUUCAGCCAGCAGGGAAUGAUCAGGUGUGUGUCCUGGAGCUGGAGCAGGGCGCAGGAGGUGUGGCCGGGCAGAGUAGCCUGGAGAAAGAAGUUCAACGCUGGACCAGCCGAGCUGCCCGAGACUACAAGAUCCAGAACCAUGGGCAGCGGGUGCUGCAGCGGCUGGAGCAGAGGCGGCAGCAGGCUUCAGAGCGGGAGGCUCCAGGCAUAGAACAGCGGCUGCAGGAAGUGAGGGAGAGCGUCCGGCGGGCACAGGUGAGCCAGGUGAAGGGGGCUGCCCGGCUGGCCCUGCUGCAGGGGGCUGGCCUGGAUGUGCAGCACUGGCUGAAGCCAGCCAUGACCCAGGCCCAGGAUGAGGUGGAGCAGGAGCGACGGCUCAGCGAGGCCCGGCUAUCCCAGAGGGACCUCUCUCCCACGGCUGAGGAUGCUGAGCUCUCUGACUUUGAGGAAUGUGAGGAGACCGGGGAGCUCUUUGAGGAGCCCGCCCCCCCAGCCCUGGCCACCAGGCCCCUCCCCUGCCCUGUCCAUGUGGUGUUUGGCUAUCAGGCAGGACAUGAGGACGAGCUGACCAUCACAGAGGGCGAGUGGCUGGAGGUCAUAGAGGAGGGAGAUGCCGAUGAAUGGGUCAAGGCUCGGAACCAGCACGGUGAGGUAGGCUUUGUCCCUGAGCGGUAUCUCAACUUCCCGGACCUCUCCUUCCCUGAGAGCAGCCAUGACAGCGACAAUCCUUCGGGGGCAGAGCCCACAGCGUUCCUGGCCCGCGCCCUGUACAGCUACACAGGACAGAGCGCAGAGGAACUGAGCUUCCCCGAGGGGGCGCUUAUCCGCCUGCUGCCCCGGGCCCAGGAUGGAGUGGAUGACGGCUUCUGGAGGGGAGAAUUUGGGGGCCAUGUUGGGGUCUUCCCCUCCCUGCUGGUGGAGGAGCUACUUGGCCCCCCAGGGCCAUCUGAACUCUCAGACCCUGAACAGAUGCUGCCAUCCCCUUCCCCUCCCAGCUUCUCCCCUCCUGCACCCACCUCUGCCUUGGAUGGGUCGCCUGCACCUGUCCUGCCCGGUGACCAAGACCUGGACUGCCCUGGACCCCUGGACGUGAUGGCGCCUCGACUCAGGCCGAUGCGUCCACCGCCUCCCCCGCCAGCUAAAGCCCCGGAUCCUGGCCACCCAGAUCCUCUCACCUGAAGCCAGGGGGAAUCACUUUCCCCCAGUUAUGCUGCUGCCCCUAUCUCCGUGCUGUCAGAGACCACCCCUCCCCACGGUGAUCCAGAGCGACACAGCCGAAAGCUGGAAUCUCCCUGAUUUCCGUUCUCACCUUCAUGGGUAGAAACUUCUUCUCUCCCCAUUUCUGGGGCUGGAACCCACUCCUUUUUUGCCAUCAUCCUCCAGCCAUCUCUAAGGGCUGAAACUACUCCUUUGUCUUCUGCUACCACCCCAUCUCUAGGGUGGUGAAAUACCCUGAAAUGUCUGGGAUUGGAAUUCAUCCCCCAAAGUCUUGAGUGGCUCUGGCUUAUUUGUGUCUCCACCCUGGUUCUGUGAAUCACACCACUCCAGAUGCCAGAGCCACUGGGGUUGGG